AUGUGCCCUUGCCUCUUUUCGUCUGUCGUCGUUGCCAAGCGGGUGAUAGUAUCCCCACCUCUAGCAAUCAAGCAACACCAAGGAAUUGGAAGAUGGUUAUCCUCAAUCCGACUUCUCGGAUCAGCCGCACCACCUCUAGCAUCCACUCCGGCCCUCAAAGGUGGAUAUUACCGCAUGCUUUGCCUCUCGCGCAGGAUGGAAAGGACAUGUCUGAUGUCAACGGCUCCUACCAAGGGGACCAUCGUCGUCCGGACCCGGGCACUGAGGAAUGUACCGCAAUGUCCCGGCAUUCCCACCAAGAUGCUUGCUUUCAUACUCCGUACAGCCAGUCGAGGAGAGACAACGUACCCAGGGGCCCGUCAGGCCAACGAAGAGGCCGGCCGUGAUGAAGGAAACUCUCGGAUAAGCUCUUUCGUUCCCCAGUUCUCUCUCUCCUCCCCCCCGUCCCCCGGUCUUCCCCCCAGAAGAACUCUCGCUUCACCCGGUCAUUCGUUGGACUCUGUCCCCUCACAUUCGUUCCGUAAUUCCAGGAUAACCUGUCUGUCGCUCGUUCCGUACAGCUCAAUCUAA